CUAUAUCAUCACACGAUCCAAUCAAAUUAAGACGUUUUUUUCCCAAAAAAAAAAAAUGGCACCUUCAAACCACCAACCUUCACAAUCGCAAAUACGGAUGCCACAGCCACCGUACAGGCGUAUAAACCUCGUCCAGUGCAUCAUCAUCGCCGUCCUGGUCUUGGCCCUCCUCGUCGGCCUCGCCCUCUUGAUCACGUGGCUAACCCUACGGCCGAAACGCCUCGUCUUCACCGUCGAGGCCGCGUCCCUGCAAGACUUCGCCCUGACCAACGACGACCACUUGACCGCCAAGUUCAACUACGUCGUCAAGUCCUACAAUCCCGAGAAACACCUCUCGGUCAGAUACCACUCGAUGCGCGUCUCGACGGCUCACCGCAACCAGUCGGUGGCCCACGAAGAGAUCUCUCCAUUCAAGCAGCCUCCCAAGAACGAGACGAGGAUCGACGCUCGGCUCGUUUCCAACAGCGUAGCUCUCUCCAAGUACAAUGCCAAAGACUUGAGGGCCGAGAAAAGGGAGGGAAAGAUCGAGAUGGACGUGUAUAUAACGGCGAGGGUUAGCUACAAGGUCUGGAUUUGGCGGUCGAGGAGACGGACUUUGAAGGCCGUUUGCUCGCCCGUCACGCUCAACGUCACGUCGAGCUCGUUGAAUGGGUUCGCGAGAACGUACUGCGAAACCCGUCUCUGAAAACCGAACAUGUCCAUGCAUUGUCUGUUCUAUUUGUGUGAAAACGUGUUGUCUUUUUUUUUUCAAUAACUUCGAUUUCGUCUCUGGUUUUUGGUCCUUGUGUUGCAUUUGCGUGCAUUCAUUUCAUUUGUGCGGGUCCUUUAUUUUUUUAUUUUCAUUGUAAAAAUGAUUUGAUAUUAUUUGUUGAUUUA